GCCACAACCCGGUCGGCUCACAUUCACCAAACGGACUCCGACGGUCUCGCUUUCUCCCUCCGCCACGUUUAUCGGAACACUUUUCCCUUACUUUGUGGACGUGUUUUGAACAAACAAACAAGCUCGCCGACUUCGGCGCGAACGUUUUUUUGGGGAUUGUUAUUUUGUGCGGAGCCUUCCAGAAAGCAGGUCCGAAGCGGAGAGACCAAAAAGUUUGGGGGAAGCUGUCACCAAGAAGCGGUUGGGGGCUCGUUAAGGAAUGCCUGCGGCUAGCAUUGCGUCUGCGGGCAGCUAACGGGGCGCGCCGCUGCAGUCAUGGCCAGGCCGGCCGGGUGGCUCACACCUUUUUCUGUGGUCGCCGCCCUGGCGGCGGUGAUGGCGGCGCGGGUGUCGUCGGCCGAAGAGCACGAGUGGCACUUUGACGCAGCCGCUCAGUGUCGUUACGCCCUGGGGAUGGAGGAUGGCAGCAUCCUAGACUCUGACAUCACCGCCUCCAGCGCCUGGUCCGACUCCACCGAGGCCAAACAUGCAAGGUUGAGCACUGGCGAAGGGGACGGAGCUUGGUGCCCCGCAGGCGCCGUCUUCCCCGAUGGAUCGGAAUACCUCCAGGUGGACCUUCGCAAGCUCCACUUCCUGGCCCUGGUGGGUACUCAGGGUCGCCACGCCGACGGGCACGGCCAGGAAUUUGCCCGAAGUUAUCGCCUGCGCUACUCUCGAGAUGGCGUGAAAUGGAUCACCUGGAAGGACCGCUGGGGCCAGGAAGUGGUGUCCGGGAAUGAGAACACCUACGAUGUUGUUCUGAAGGACCUGGGCCCCCCCAUAGUGGCCCGCAUGGUGCGCUUCUACCCGCUGGCCGACCGGGUCAUGAGCGUCUGCCUUCGAGUGGAACUGUACGGCUGCGUGUGGACGGAUGGCUUAAAGGCUUACGCCGCUCCAGUUGGCCACGUGAUGAAUCUGUCGGGCUUGCCCGUCUACCUGAACGACUCCACCUACGAUGGCAGCACAGAGCAAGGGGUGCAGUUUGGCGGCCUGGGUCAGCUGUGCGACGGCGUCCUGGGAGGAGACGAUUUCAUGGAGAGCAAAGAGCUGCGGGUGUGGCCCGGCUACGACUACCUGGGCUGGAACAGAGAUGUCCUCGGGAAGCCCAGCGUGGACAUCGAGUUCCACUUCGAGAAGCCUCGCGUGCUCCGUGUCAUGCAGGUGCACAGCAACAACCGUCACACGCAGGGUGUGCGGGUGUUCAACAAGGUGGAGUGCGCGUUCAAGGGCGGCCUGCUGCAGCCGUGGUCGUCGCCGGCGUUGGCCUUGGCCGUCCCCCUGGACGACCUUAAGGACCCUUCGUCCCGCACGCUCUCCCUCCCCCUGGAAGGACGCCUGGCUCACAUCCUGCGCUGCAGCUUCUUCUUCACCGAUACGUGGCUGCUCCUCAGCGAGAUCUCCUUCCUGUCGGACACUUUAGAAAAUGACAUGACACACACGAACGGUCGCAAGACUCCCACCACCAGCUCCUCACCAUCCGUCAAGCACACCUCCGCCCCGAGCGACGGCGCCUCCAGCGCCGGCACCGCCACCUCUGCGCCUCCUCCCGCCGCCGGCUCCACCUUCGCCACGGACACCGCCGCUAAUUGGACGCCGUCAGGUUCGGAGUUUGCCGGCGUGUCUCCGAGGGCGGGGCUUCCGGUGGCCAAGGACGACGGCAGCAACACGGCCAUCCUGAUCGGCUGCCUGGUGGGCAUCAUCCUGCUGCUGCUGGCCGUCAUCGCCGUCAUUCUGUGGCGGCAGUACUGGAAGAAGUUGCUGGGGAAGGCUCAGGGCGGCCUGUCGAGCGAGGAGCUGCGCGUGCACCUGUCGGUUCCCUCCGACAACGUGGUCAUCAACAACACGCACAGCUACUCCAGCCGCUACCAGCGCAUACACACCUUCCCCGAUGACCCCGAGCGGGAGGCUGAAAGCGAGUACCAGGAGCCCAGCGCCUUGCUGCACCCGCGCGAUCGCCGCGACAGCACAGCCUUGCUGUUAAACAACCCGGCCUAUCACCUGCUCCUGUCAGAUCACAGGAAAGGCUCGAGGCCCAGCACCUGUCAGGCUCAGGAAAAAAAGAGUCUCAAUGUGCCUCAUGCGUGCGGCUUGGAGUCGGCCCCCGAGAAGGGAUUCCCCCCCGCGCAGGACGAGCCUCCGCCCUACCCGGGCUCGCCGCCGUACCCGGCCCUGUCGCCGCCCGUGUCUCCCCCGCUGCCUCCCAGCGUGCCGCACUACGCCGAGGCCGACAUUGUGAGCCUGCAGGGCGUCAGCGGCAACAACAUGUACGCCGUGCCCGCCCUGGCCUCGUCCAGCCCGGGCGCCGACGCCGGCCCCUUGCCCGAGCUGCAGCGCCAGUGUCUUGUCUUCAAGGAGAAGCUCGGGGAAGGACAGUUUGGAGAGGUGCACCUGUGCGAGAUUGAAAACCCUCAGGACCUUCCCAACCUGGAGUUCCCCUUCAAUGUGAGGAAAGGUCGCCCUCUGCUGGUGGCUGUCAAGAUACUGCGGCCUGAUGCUUCCAAAAAUGCCAGGAACGACUUCCUGAAGGAGGUGAAGAUCCUGUCCCGCCUGAAGGAUCCCAACAUCAUCCGUCUGCUGGGCGUGUGCGUGAGCAGCGACCCCCUCUGCAUGGUCACCGAGUACAUGGAAUGCGGCGACCUCAACCAGUACCUGUCCCACCGAGUUCUGCUGGACAAGAGCGGGCCCUCGCACACCACGCCCACAAUCAGCUACCCGGCCCUCAUUUCCAUGGCCAGCCAGAUCGCCUCGGGAAUGAAGUUUCUCUCCUCGCUCAACUUCGUGCACCGCGACCUGGCCACGCGCAAUUGCCUGGUGGGCGGCGGUGGUGGCGGCGAGGACCCUGGCGGAGAGCGCCACAUCAAGAUCGCCGACUUUGGCAUGAGCAGGAAUCUGUACGCCGGGGACUACUACAGGAUCCAAGGCCGAGCCGUGCUGCCCAUCCGCUGGAUGGCCUGGGAGUGCAUUCUCAUGGGUAAAUUCACCACGGCCAGCGACGUGUGGGCCUUCGGCGUGACCCUGUGGGAGAUGCUCAGCGUAUGCCAGGAGCAGCCGUACUCCAACCUGACGGACGAGCAAGUCAUCGACAACGCCGGAGAGUUCUUCCGAGACCAGGGCAGACAGGUGUACCUGGGCAAGCCCGCCGUGUGCCCUCAGGGUCUCUACGAGCUCAUGUUGAGCUGCUGGAACCGAGACUGCAAGCUGCGGCCGUCCUUCGGCCACAUCCACGCCUUCCUCGCUGAGGACGCUAUGAACAUGGUGUAAGGCCGCGUAGCGCUUCAACGCCUCGCCUGGGUCGUUCUGGAUUUUUUCCCCCCCCUACUACAAUCUUUUGUACUUUUUGGGUGGACGGGGCUGCUGGAGACGCUGCUGGUUCAGUUUUUUCCCCACACCCCCUAAAGCCACAUUAACUGAAGCUUGAUCGGUGUAGCUAUGAGGCUGAGUAACUGAAGCUUGUGUAGUGUAGUGGUGGCGGGUGCAAUCUGCAUUAGGAGCCUUUUUUAAAAAAAAUUUUUAACAAGGAUAGAAAAUGACAUAAGAGGAAGUUGAUGCAGCUUCACCAGCAUCUGAAGAUUUCACGGCUUUAGCGCCUCUGAACUGUCUGUGUAGUGGUUCACAUAGUUGACUUUAUUCAUCUUGCCCUUCCCACUUUGUAACCCCAUACAAGAAAAGCUGUGUAGAAAGAAGGUGUGUGGAUGUAGUGGUUCACAGAGAUGCAAAGCUGACCAGGUUGGGUAUUAGAAACAUACUGCAUCCCGUAUGAUAGUAAUAAAUCAUUUAUUACGCGCUAAAAAGAUGCGCUGUUAUUUUGAGUAGACAUCUCCAUGAAAUGAGAUUAGAAAGCCCUGCCUCACUUCCCCAAAAUACUUCUACCUGCUCUCGCAUCACUCAUCUGUAGAUGGGGAGAUGAUAAAGGGAUGAGCUGCGGCACACUGAACCAUCUUUCCUUCCUGUUGUGGUUCGCGUAGCUGCUUUGGAUUCAGUUCUUGGUCUACCAGUCAGUGCUGCAACAGUGAAGUGGACAAGCGGGAUAGAAAACAAAUGGCUGUUGUAGUGUAGUGGUUCACUGAUUAUUUUUUUUUCCACUCGCUCAUCCCCAAAUCAGUCGUGACAGGCUGGAGCUCCUUCAAACAACUCUGAACAGCAGAAGCGAAAUGGUAAAGAACCAUUACAGUGAUUCACAUAGCUGCCUUUCAUUAUGUCGGCCAAGCCUCAAUUAUUGGUUGAUGGCAGUCGAGUCCAGAGGGAAAACCCGCCUGGUGUCCAACAUGAACUGGGAAUGGGAACUGGCUCUCCCCCUGCAACAUUUGUCAGUGGAGCAAUUCAUAUAUUGGCCAAUGCCAUACGAUCCAGGCUCAAAUGAGAAGACUCCUCAUUCUCCUACCGCACUCAACAAGACCCGUGGUGUACAGUGGAGAGUGUAGUGGUUCACAUAGAUGCCUUGAGUUCAAUUCCAGGGCGCGCCUUGCCUUGAAUGGCCUCCAACUCGCUAUGAAACGUAUUAUAUAUAUUUUAUAAAACUGGUGAACCUUAUCCCAAACUUUCUCCAGUGGACCACGUGACUCGGGGUAUGCAAUCAGGCAGGCACAAAGUACUUUUUCUUUCACUCUUAUGAGUCCUUUUUUUUUUUAAAGCAUGAAAAAUAUGACCUUGGGCGGCCCGGUAGCCAAGUGGUUAGCACGUCGGCUUCACAGUGCAGAGGUACCGGGUUCGAUUCCAGCUCCGGCCUCCCUGUGUGGAGUUUGCAUGUUCUCCCCGGGCCUGCGUGGGUUUUCUCCGGGUGCUCCGGUUUCCUCCCACAUUCCAAAAACAUGUGUGGCAGGCUGAUUGAACACUCCAAAUUGUCCCUAGGUGUGAGUGUGAGUGCGAAUGGUUGUUUGUUUCUGUGUGCCCUGCGAUUGGCUGGCAACCCAUUCAGGGUGUCCCCCGCCUACUGCCCGGAGACGGCUGGGAUGGGCUCCAGCACCCCCCGCGACCCUAGUGAGGAUCAAGCGGUACGGAAGAUGAAUGAAUGAAAUAUGACCUUGUUCAAAUAUCACUUAAAAACUGCGACUACGGUGACUGACAUGCUAACAUUAGCAUGUCAGUGACGUUUCGCUUCAAUCUUUAACAUUAAGCUAAUUGGGCUUUGGAAUAGCAAUACUAGUCUGUUUGAAAUACACAAAGUGUAAUUGACUUUGUUUGUUUGGUUUGACAGUGUCAACCGUCAACCGGGACGGGUGUUAAAACCGUUUGCUUGAAGGAAGGAUGGUUCAGUUUUUGUCAAACUGUCGCUUAUUGUGAAGUAAGCCCCCUCAAAAUGUCCGAAUGACGGCUCGUAUCUCAAGGCACCACUGUACUGCCUUCAGCUACUGUAUGACAGUUACGCCGACGAGUAGGACAACUUCAGUUUUACUCGUCAGGCAAAAA